AUGGCGCCAUCCCGUGAGAAGAAGCCGCCUGCGCUGAAGCUGUUGAUGGUCCAGCUGAAGAACACCCAGACAUCCAUGGACGACAUCUGGAGAUUUGUGGAAGGCUACGAGCGGACAACAACUGCAAGUCAGGUCAACGUGCGCUUGCUGAGUGUUGAUGAGUUGUGGCAGAAGUAUGGGGAGAUUCUAGCAGAUAUUCAGGCACACGAUGAUUUCGAAGAUGAAAAUGAGGCGUUCGAUAAAGCGAGGCUAGUGUAUAGUGAUAGGUACUACUAUUGUAAGGCGUUCUUGAUGGAUAAGGCUAAGGAAAUGCAGGAUCCAGGGAAGCCGAUCGUUCCGUACGAGCUAACGAGGCGUCAGCGCAUGGAGUUCAACGGAGACAUCGAUGAAUGGAUUAGCUUCCGUGAUCUGUUCACUUCACUCAUACAUCGGAAGAUAGACCUGCCGGAGGUGGAAAAGUUCCACUAUUUGAAGGGAUGUCUGCAAGGAGAACCGAAAAGCCUAAUCGAUUCGUUAAAAAUCACGAAGGCCAACUAUCAAAUAGCGUGGGACUUGCUGCUAAAACGAUACGACAACAGCAAGCUUUUGAAGAAGCGACAGGUGCAAGCUUUGUUCAAUUUGCCAACGCUGUCCAAGGAAUCUGUAGCGGAUCUGCACACUCUGAUCGACGGUUUCGAAAAGGUCGUGCAGAAUCUGGACCAGGUGGUCCAACCGGAAGAUUAUAAGGACCUUUUGCUCGUUAACCUACUCACUUCUCGACUAGAUCCGACAACACGCAGAGGUUGGGAGGAACAUUCUUCAGCCAAGGAUCAGGAUACGCUAGCAGAUCUCUCGGAUUUCUUGCAUCGUAGGAUCCGAAUUCUUGAAUCGCUUCCAGUGAAGGCAUUAGAUUCCAGGACUUCGCUUCAUGCUCCACAAUCAUCGAGACAGAAGGCGUCAGCUGUGAAGGCCAGCUACGGUUCUAUACAAUCAUCUGGGGGACGAUGUGUGGCGUGCAAGGAGAACCAUCCCCUAUACCAAUGUUCUUCAUUCCUACGGAUGUCCGUGCGAGAAAGAGAUGCAGUGUUAAGAACGAACUCCCUGUGUAGAAACUGCUUCAGAUCGGGUCACAUAGCGACAGACUGUACGUCCAAAUACAGGUGUCGUAACUGUAAUGGUCGUCAUCAUACAAUGGUAUGCUUCAAGCAGCGGAAGGAUCGUUCACCUAAGAUUGUCGCUGCUGCUGGCAACAACAAUCCUCCACGAAUGGAACCUGGUGAUGCACCCGUUCCUUCAUCCUCGCAGGUGGUUAACAUGGCAGCCACCGAUGCAACAGUGUCCGGUUCUACCCAUCAAUUCUCCUCCAAGGUUUUGCUGGCUACGGCGGUCGUUAUCGUGGAAGAUGACGAGGGUAGUCAGUUUCCGGCUCGUGCUCUUUUGGAUUCCGGCUCCGAGAGUAAUUUCAUCGCCGAACGAUUGAGUCAACGCCUCAGGUCACACCGAGAGAAGGUUGAGAUCUCGGUACUCGGCAUUGGACAUGCUGCUACGAGAGUGAAGCAUCAGAUCACUGCAUUGGUCCGUUCGCGAGCUACGGCUUACUCGCGGAAUAUGAAUUUCCUCGUCCUCCCAAAGGUUACGGUGGACUUACCUACGGCAAGGUGGACAUGGUACGGAGACCAAUUACCGACACUAAACGAUUCGGUGUUCGGAUGGGUGGUCUGCGGAGGCCUGCUAAACCCCACACAAGGCCUACGCAUCAACUGUAGUACGGCAACUACAAAGGUAUUAGAGGAGCUAGUCGCACGGUUUUGGGCUAGUGAAGAAGUUGGAAAUUCCAAGGUGCUUUCAUCUGAGGAAAAAUUGUGCGAGGACAACUUUCGGAACUCGGUUCGUAGGAAAUCUGACGGGCAGUACUCCAUUUCGCUGCCAAAGGAUAAAGACGCAGUUUCCAGGUUGGGCGAGUCACGGGACAUCGCAUUCCGGCGGCUUCAAAGCACGGAACGCAGAUUGGCGAAGGAUGCCAGUUUGCGGGAGCAAUACCAUCAGUUCAUGGCGGAGUAUAUCCAAUUGGGACACAUGUCGAAGGUGGAGGAAGCAGGAAAUCUCGUGAAACGAUGCUAUCUGCCGCAUCACCCUGUCUUUAAGGAAGCUAGCACAACUACAAAGGUCCGUGUUGUGUUUGACGCAUCGUGUAAGACGUCGUCCGGUGUCUCGCUGAAUGACACGCUUCUAGUAGGACCGAUUGUACAGGAGGACUUACGAUCGAUCAUGCUCCGAAGUCGAGUGAGGCAAAUCAUGCUGGUGGCCGAUGUGGAGAAGAUGUUCCGGCAAGUCUUCUUGGUUGAGGUUGAUCGGUCUUUGCAAUGUAUUUUGUGGCGUUUCGACCCAACAGAUCCCGUGGGCGUGUACGAGCUCAAUACUGUGACGUACGGGACAAAGCCGGCGCCUUUUCUCGCAACACGUACGUUGAACCAGCUAGCGAUGGAUGAAGGAGGGCGGUACCCAAUGGCUGCGAGGGCAACCACGGAGGAUACGUAUAUGGAUGACGUAAUCACGAGCGCGGAUACGGAGGAUGCCGCACAAAAUCUGGCGAUCUGUGUGGCGGAAGGAAUUGACUUGGAUCCGGAUCCUGCUGUUAAGACGCUGGGUUUGACUUGGUUGCCGAUAUCCGAUCAACUGAGGUUCCAGUUUUCCAUUCCAACUUGGAAUUCAGUGACGCAGCCAACCAAACGGCAAGUUUUGUCAGUGAUCGCUAGUUUGUUCGAUCCUCUAGGACUUCUAGGUGCAGCGAUCACAACGGGCAAGAUUAUUAUGCAGCUCCUGUGGAAGAUCCGGAAUGAAGACCAAGCACUGGGUUGGGAUAAACCACUACCUUCGACGGUGGGUGAGAUGUGGCGAAAAUACCAUGAAGAGCUCCCGUUGCUUAACAAUAUUCGCAUCGAUCGUUGCGUCAUGGUUCCAAGAGCAACAUUGAUCGAGUUGCAUUGCUUCUCCGAUGCUUCUACCAAGGCCUUUGGUGGAUGCGUCUAUAUUAGGAGCCACGAUUCAGAAGGAAGGGUCGUGGUUCGGCUGCUGUCAUCCAAAUCCAAGGUUGCACCCUUGAAGACACAGUCUAUUCCAAGGCUGGAACUGUGUGGUGCGUUGCUGGUGACGCAGUUAUACGAGAAGGUUCGAGAUUCGAUUCGAACUCCAGCUCAACCAUUCUUCUGGGUUGAUUCAACAUGCGUUCUGCGGUGGAUACAAGCCUCACCAAAUAACUGGACCACUUUCGUCGCGAAUAGAGUCGCGAAAAUCCAAAGUAUCGCAGAAUCAUCAUCAUGGCGGCAUGUUUCUGGUAAGGAGAACCCGGCGGAUUUGAUCUCAAGAGGUAUCUCACCGAAGGAUAUCCUAGAUAAUGCUUUCUGGUGGGAGGGACCAGAUUGGUUGAAAGAACCUUCAGACCACUGGCCAGCGGCUUCAUGCUCAUCAAGCUCAGAAGAAGCAGAGAAAGAAAGGCGGCGUGCAGCAGUUUGCGCUGUUUCGGCGAACGCCGAUUUCAACGAUUGGUAUUUGGAGAAAUUUGCUUCGUAUUCAGACCUGAUCCGGAGGACAGCUAUCUGGUUGCGUCUUAUGAAGCUUCUAAAGAAUAAUUCUCAAAAUAGAACACCGGCAGAAUUUCUAUCGGCCCAAGAGCUCAGAGAAGCGGAAUUUGUGAUCGUUCGACGCAUCCAGCAGGAGGUUUUUGCUGAUGAGUGGAAGGCACUAUCCAGGGGAAACACUGUUUCGAGGAAAUCUCCACUUCGGUGGUUCAACCCACGUAUUUCCGAGGACCAAGUCAUCCGAAUCGGAGGGCGAUUGAGUAACUCAGCAGAACGGGAAGCUACAAAACAUCCGAUGGUUCUUCCUGCUCGACAUAAACUCACCAGGAUGAUUUUGAAGCACUACCACUUACAACUUCUACACGCAGGGCCGCAGUUGCUACUCGGAGUCGUCCGUCUAAGAUUCUGGCCGUUGGGCGGAAGGAGUGUGGCACGGAACAUCGUUCACCAAUGUCUAAAAUGCUUUCGUGCUAAACCAACACCGAUACAGCAGUUUAUGGGAGAGCUGCCUGUCCCGAGAGUCACCGUGUCCAGGCCAUUUUCACAGACCGGUGUGGACUAUUUCGGUCCCUUUUAUGUGAGACCCGCCCCUCGACGACCAGUGGUGAAGGUAUACGUGGCGGUUUUUAUAUGCCUCUGCACUAAAGCGGUCCAUUUGGAGCUAGUGUCAGAUUUGAGCACAGAUCGGUUCCUGCAAGCACUGCAUCGCUUUAUCAGCAGAAGAGGAAGAUGUCGGGAUAUUUAUUCCGACAACGGUACAAAUUUCGUCGGUGCUAGGAAUCUAAUGAAGGAUUUUCUGAAACUGUUGCAGAACUCAGAUCAUCGAGAUAAAGUGAGCAAGGAAUGUGCAGAGGAGGGAAUCCACUGGCACUUCAGUCCGCCCAGUGCACCACAUUUCGGAGGGCUGUGGGAAGCGGCGGUUCGUUCGGCGAAGAAUCACCUGAUCAAGGUGAUUGGAGAAACACUAAUGUCUCCUGAAGACUUCAAUACCCUUUUGGUUCAAAUUGAAGGGUGUCUCAAUUCUAGACCACUAACGCCGAUGUCUGAUGAUCCUUGCGAUCUUGAACCACUAACCCCAGGCCAUUUUUUGGUCGGUUCCUCAAUACAAUCGCUACCUGAACCAAAUUUAGAAGCAGUACCGUUAAAUCGACUGAGUCAAUAUCAGCUAAUACAACGAAUGCUGCAGGAUUUUUGGAAGAGGUGGAGAAGAGAGUAUCUGUGUCAGUUACAGGGUAGGUCCAAACGCUGGAAGCCGGCUGUCAAAAUAGAAGUAGGAAAACUUGUGGUCAUACGAGAUGAUAAUCUACCGCCUAUGAAGUGGAAGAUGGCAAGAAUCCUUCAAUUACAUCCUGGGAAUGACGGAGUAGUUCGUGUCGUCACGCUUAAAACUUCCACCGGAUUGAUGAAACGGGCAGUUGAGAAACUAUGUCUUCUACCAACACCAAUUGAAGAUCGGCAGCAUCAAGCAUAA